AUGGUCACACGGGCCGUGAGAGGCGAGACGCCGGAAAGGCUGCCGGCUUACCUACCCCAACCCAUUUGCCAGAAGCGUGAGACGGACGAUGCCGCCAAGAGCAGUGUGGUCGAGCAGGAGGACGAGGAGAUUGAGGAUUACGAGCCAGACGAAGAUGAGCCGGCCCCAGCGCAUGAGGACCCCUCGCUCUUCCUCGGCAAUGUCCUCGCGUCCAGGGUUGUUAUGCCCAAGAAGAAGGCAGCCGCGAAGAAAAAGCCGUCUCUUGUGCCUCCAGCAUCCGAGCAGCGUGGGCAUCUUGAGCAAAGCCCGGUUCCCUCCGCCAGCCGCAAGAGGACGGCCCAGAUCAGCAGGCAGGAUUCGGGUCUCGACCUGGACCCCGAGAUGAGCAAAGUCAAUGAGAAAUUGGGCGGAGGAAAGCGGUGCUUGGAGUCCUUGUCGGUCGUCCGGCAUUUGGCCGGAGAGAAGCUUGGAGUGCGUGUCCAAGCGAAGGGCCUCCUGGAGUCCUUGAACUCGAUGAGGCCACUGCCGAAGGAGGCUGUCCUGUUGGAACACCGCAUCGCUGCUUGUGAAUAUGGGUCGCUCCUUGCGAACCAUGCUCGCACAGCGAACACAGACGUGCUCCAGAAAGCAGUCGACUGUAUGAUGCAAUUGGACAUCACCCUUCCGACUUCCAUUGCUGCCCAGCUCAUCGAGCGACGAGUGGACGAGCACAUGCUGAUUGCUGCAAAAGAUCCUCGCAAGUUGGACGUGAAGUACUACAUCUCCUUGAUUGUCUUGCUGGGCCCUGCAGGCAAGCCCGGGGAGAAGGUGAACGAGCUAAUGUGCCGUGACGGCGCAGACGACGACGCAUGUGCCGUGAUGGCGCAGACGACAGCACGAGCGACGAAUGUGAACUAUGCCUACCAGCAACCCGGGCCGUAUACCCGCAGCCAGCAACCCCGGCCGUACCAGCGGUACGCCGGCGAAAACGGCGCAGCAGAGCGUGCGUACCACGAACCCGGGCUUUUGGGCAGCGUACCGCUGGCACGACCUGGGUUGGUGGUACGCACGCUCUGCUGCGCCGUUUUCGCCGGCGUACCGCUGGUACGGCAGGCCUACACCGGCUUUCGCCGGGGAUUCCCCGAGCACGACCAAACCUUCGUUUUGGGCAGCGUACCGCUGGCACGACCCGGGUUCGUGGUACGCACGCUCUGCUGCGCCGUUUUCGCCGGCGUACCGCUGGUACGGCAGGCCUACACCGGCUUUCGCCGGGGAUUCCCCGAGACCCUCCCAAGAGACGUUGUGGUGAAGCCUGAGUUCAUCCUGCCGGAAGUGGACUACCACAAGCUGAACUACAGCACGUUGGUCGAUGUGGUGAAGAAGAGGGUACUUGCCCAGAUGCAAGAUGCUACAGGUGAAGAUGCGGCAAAGAUCAAGGAGGCUGCCGAUGAGGAGUGGCAGGCAGACGGCAUGAUCGGCCUGCUCCAGGAUGCUCCCAAGACUAGCGACAUUCUCAUUAGCCUGUUCACGAAACUGCUGACCGAGCUCAACCAAAACAUCAUAACCGACAAUCUCGAGGAUCUGGAUGUUGGAGUGGUGACUUCGUUACAAGCAGUGAAGCUUUGCUCUCACUGCUUCUUGGCACUGCUGCACCCGCAGCCUGGAUAUCAUGGAAGCAAUGCCGGGCAUGUUGGCUCGGUGCGCAGCUACAAGGGCAAGGAUUCCAUGCUGCAGACGGCCAACAAGAUCGUCACCAAACCCUUUUGGCAGGAGAAGCACGACGAGAUGCUCAAAAAAGCCGGCUCGAGCAAGGUUGCCGAGCCCGUUUGCAAGGAGGCCUUCGAUGGGCUCGAGAAUCUCACUUCGACAUCCUCGCCCCAGGAUGUUUCGGCUGCCCUAGGCUUUGCUGUGCAGAAGUUGCCCGAGCUUCGGACAGCAAUGCGCGCUGGUGCAACAAAUGCUCUGGAGAGCUGCAUGCUGGAGGUGGCGAAGUCAUCCCUGAAGGAAAUCCUUGAGUCUGAUGGGUCCAGCCAGCCCCCUCGGUUGAUCGAUGAUCUCGACCGAGCGCUUCCCAACAUGAUGCGCCACCUCAAGCUCAAGGCCUUUUCAACAAUCACAGGGUCAGUCGUGUCCUCCAGAAAUUCCGAGUCAGCUUGA